UCCCUGAUACAUGAGGAAAUGGAUGAACAGAAGAUCCGAGAACUCAUCAACAAGAUGAUGGAGCUGCUGACUGGAGAGGUUCCUAUAAGGUGUCAGGACGUGGCGGUCUAUUUCUCCAUGGAGGAGUGGGAGUAUGUAGAAGGACACAAGGAUCAGUACAAGGAUCAGGUCAUGAUGGAGGAUCAGCAGCCCCUCACAUCACCAGUCAGAUCCAGUAAGAGAACAGCACCAGAGAGGUGUCCCCGUCCUCUUCUCCCACAGGAUGAUCAGGGAGAAGAUCCGAACAAUAUUAAUGCUCCAGAGACAGAUGUGAGUGGUGAUGAGCAGUAUAAGGAGCACAUUUCUACAGGAAAAGAUGUGAUCUAUAUUAAUACUACAGAUAUAAAGGAAGAAGCAGAGACAGAUGUGAGCGGUGAUGAGCAGUAUAAGGAGGACAUUCCUACAGGGAAAGAUGUGAUCUAUAGUAAUACUACAGAUUUAAGAGAAGAAGAAGAGACAGAUGUGAGCAGUGAUGAGCAGUAUAAGGAGGACAUUCCUACAGGUAACCGCCCAGAUUCUUGUACCAGGAGAUCAGAGGAGAAUCUUAUAUCUUCAGAUUAUAAAGCAGAUGAUGAUAUCACACAAGAUACAUAUGAAGAACAUUCCAUUAUCCCAGAUACACCCUCAGCCCUUCACAGCCAAGAUCUGUCAUCUCAUCCUUAUAUACAGGUCCUGUCUUCUCAGUCAUCACAGGAUGUUCAGCAAAAAAAACAUCACAGAAGGGGUGUUGGACAUCAUCAAGCUCAUACAGGAAAGAAAACAUAUUCAUGCUCAGAAUGUGGGAAAUGUUUUACUAAGAAAUCACAUCUUGCUGGACAUCGAAGAACUCACACAGGAGAGAAGCCAUUUUCAUGCUCAGAAUGUGGGAAAUGUUUUACUUUUAAAUCAAAUCUUGUUGUACAUCAGAGAACUCACAAAGGAGAGAAGCCAUUUUCAUUUUCAGAAUGUGGGAAGUGUUUUACUCGGAAACCAAAUCAUAUUGAACAUCAAAGAACUCACACAGAAGAGAAGCCAUUUUCAUGUUCAGAAUAUGGGAAGUGUUUUACUCGGAAACCAAAUCUUAUUGAACAUCAAAGAAUUCACACAGAAGAGAAGCCAUUUUCAUGCUCAGAAUGUGGGAAAUGUUUUACUUUUAAAUCAAGCCUUGUUGUACAUCAAAGAACUCACACAGGAGAGAAGCCAUUUUCAUGUGCAGAAUGUAGGAAAUGUUUUACUGAGAAAUCAAGUCUUGUUGUACAUCAAAGAACUCACACAGGGGAGAAGCCAUUUUCAUGCUCAGAAUGUGGGAAAUGUUUUACUUUUAAAUCAAAUCUUGUUGUACAUCGAAGAACUCACACAGGAGAGAAGCCAUUUUCAUGCUCAGAAUGUGGGAAAUGUUUUACUUUUAAAUCAAAUCUUGUUGUACAUCGAAGAACUCACACAGGAGAGAAGCCAUUUUCAUGCUCAGAAUGUGGGAAAUGUUUUACUUUUAAAUCAAAUCUUGUUGUACAUCAGAGAACUCACAAAGGAGAGAAGCCAUUUUCAUUUUCAGAAUGUGGGAAGUGUUUUACUCGGAAACCAAAUCAUAUUGAACAUCAAAGAACUCACACAGAAGAGAAGCCAUUUUCAUGUUCAGAAUAUGGGAAGUGUUUUACUCGGAAACCAAAUCUUAUUGAACAUCAAAGAAUUCACACAGAAGAGAAGCCAUUUUCAUGCUCAGAAUGUGGGAAAUGUUUUACUUUUAAAUCAAGCCUUGUUGUACAUCAAAGAACUCACACAGGAGAGAAGCCAUUUUCAUGUGCAGAAUGUAGGAAAUGUUUUACUGAGAAAUCAAGUCUUGUUGUACAUCAAAGAACUCACACAGGGGAGAAGCCAUUUUUAUGUUCAGAAUGUGGGAAAUGUUUUACGUUAAAAUCAAGUCUUGUUAAACAUCAGAGAACUCACACAGGAGAGAAGUCAAUUCAGAGCAAUAAAUGAUGCAGAUAACACAUCUAUAUAUUCACCAUGUACAUAGGA